AUUUUCGACUCUGUGGGAGUGGUCUCUCUCUCCCCCUCUCUACCCUAAAACACACUCACCCACUUCCUCUGUAUAAACCUCUCUCUCUCUCUCUCUCUCUCUCUCCUCUCUUCUUCCUCCCCCUCUCUCUCUCCUGCCAUGAAAAUCGCAGUUCCUCAGAGACACAACCUCCUCAGAAAUAAUCUCACAUCUUUGAUGACUUUUGCUUCCUUUCACUUUAUUAUUGUCCGAACGCUCUGAAAACAUUUUCUGAGACCAAAAACAAACGAAUUAAAAGAGAGACUAUUUAAUAACAUAAACACACAAAAACCAAAAACCGAACUCCCCAUGGCCGAGAAUCUCGCUUGUGGUGAGACCAGCGAGUCAUGGAUCAUUGACAACGACGACGAUGAAACCAACUCUGGCGGCGGAUUUAUGAAUAAUCAUCAACUUUUCGGUAAAGACGACAACUUUGGCGGCAACGGAUCAAUUCCGAUGAUGGGUUCUUCUUCGACUUCGUUGAGACAAGACAGAAUCAGAGAGAUGCUGGAGAAAGAGAUUGAGUUUUGCCCUGGAGCUGAUUAUGUUAAGAGAUUGCGUUCUGGUGAUUUGGAUUUGUCUUUUAGAAACCAAGCUUUGGAUUGGAUUUUUAAGGCUUGUGCUCAUUACCAUUUUGGACAUCUGUGCAUUUGUCUAUCCAUGAACUACUUGGAUCGGUUCUUAACAUCCUAUGAAUUGCCAAAAGACAAGGCUUGGGCUGUUCAGUUACUAGCUGUCUCUUGCUUAUCAUUAGCAGCCAAAAUGGAAGAAACAGAUGUGCCUCAAAUUGUUGAUUUACAGGUGGGAGAUCCCAAGUUUGUUUUUGAGGCCAAAACAAUUAAAAGGAUGGAGCUUUUGGUACUCAACACAUUGAAUUGGAGAUUGCAAGCUAUAACUCCAUUUUCUUUUAUUGAUUAUUUCGUCGACAAGAUCAGCAAUCACGUGUCAGAGAAUUCGAUCUAUAGAUCAUCACGAUUCAUCUUGAACACCACCAAAGAAAUUGAAUUCUUAGACUUCAGGCCUUCUGAGAUAGCAGCAGCAGCGGCAGUGUCUGUUUCCAUUUCAGGAGAAACAGAAUGCAUUGAUGACGAAAAGGCAAUGUCUAAACUCAUAUACGUUAAACAGCAGGAGAGAGUGAAGAAAUGUUUGAAUCUGAUGAGAAGUCUCACAGGAGAGAAUGUGUCGGGAAAUAGUUUAUUGCAGGGGGAGCAGCCGCGAUUAGAGGCAAGAGUGGUGCCGCAUAGUCCAAUUGGAGUGUUGGAAGCAACAUGUUUGAGCUAUAAGAGUGAAGAGAGAACAGUUGAGUCAUGUACAAAUUCCUCACAGAGUAGUCCAGACAACAAUAAUAAUAAUAGCAACAACAACAACAACAACAACAACAAGAGGAGGAGAAAACAAUGAGAGAGAAUAAAAAAAGAGUCAUCAUAUACAUUGCUUUUUCCAACUCCAAUCCAUAAGAGUCAUGACAUUUGAGGUUCCUUUUAUUUUUGGUUUAUUCCUUCUUCUUUUCUUUUUUUUUUACAUAAAUUUUUCUCUUUAAUUUCUCAUUUUCAAUCAGAAAAAUUGGAUUGAAAAUGAGAGUUUUUUUGUGAGAGAGAAAAAAAAUAAGAAAAAAAAAUAAGAGAGAGAGGGCUCUUUUCAAGGCGGCAAAAUUAAUAAGUAUUUACUGAUGAU